AUGCUGCAGGGUGGAUUCUUCAAGGUCCCGACGCAGCUUCUGGAACUCAGCCUCACGCUUCUUGUUCAUCUCAAUCUGAGCGGCUGUUGCUCCUCCAGCUUCCUCAAGUCUUUCACUGAUCUCCUCAAGUUCCCUGGAGAGUUCCUUGAUCUUCUUCUGAAGCUGAGCACCAAGAGACUGUUCAUCCUCAAUCUUGCUGAGAACAUCUCGGCUCUUGGCCCUGAGCUUGUUGACCUGGGACUCAGCGAUGUCAGCACGUUCCUGAGCCUCCUCCAUCUCAUGCUGCACCUUCCUGAGCCUGGACAUUUUCUGGAGCUGCUUCUUGCCACCCUUCAUGGCGAGGUUCUCAGCCUCAUCCAGACGAUGCUGGAGGUCCUUGACUGUGACCUCCAGGUUCUUCUUCAUCCUCUCCAGCAUCACCUCACCCUGAACCUGGACAUGGUCAGCCUCCAGCUUCUUCUUGGUGCUCAGAAGGCU